AUGCACAUCCUUGACCACAUCAAGAGCUGGCCAUUCCUCCGUCGCCUCUUGUCCAAGGUGCCAGGACCUUUCCUUGCGAAGUUCACGCGUCUCUGGAAGGUUUGGCACCUCCUGCGAGGCACAUACAGAGCCAAGCUGCAACAGCUGCACGCCCUCCACGGACCAUUGAUUCAAGUCGCGCCACGCGAAUUCAGCUGGCAGUUCUUCAACACCAAAGAGGACACGAAGAGCCUCCGUGUCCUAGAGAAACAACCGUCGCCAGUGUCCAGUAUAGUUGAAAACACGGCAGCGCGCUCGCUGCGCAAUUGCUUGCAAAUGGAGAGACUGAACCAUAAUGAGCAAUUGAUCGAUGCGUGCAACGCUCUCUUUCGGUGUGUCCUGCAAGAUGCGGCUCAGAAGCAGGCGCCGGUCGAUCUGGCCAAUCUGCUCACUCGCUACGCCUUUGAUGUCAUGUUCUCUGUCACUACUGGCGAGCGCGCUGGUUUUAUCGACAAAAUUCCAAACGCAAACAAGAUCUACAGUAAGCUGGAAAGCUGGAAGUUCUACUCUGUGCUCUAUGGCUCAUACCUUCGUUACCACCCAUUCCUCAAGGCACUGCUUCCGAUCAUCCGCUGUCGCAGUCAAGGUCAGGACGCCUUCGAUCCAGUGCUGGAGGUUCUGGGCCAGAGCAUACCCGCAGAGCCUGCUUGCACACAGGCGCGCGAAGAUGGCCUUGCCGGCUCAGACGAGCACAAGCUGGCUUGCGUGGGCGGUCUAGAAGCCCGCACAGCGCUAGCCAUUGCAGGUGCCGACUCAGCCACGUCUCUUUCACUGGCAGUCCUUAAGCAUGUCGGUGCGGACGAGGAGCUCCAGCACCUCUUGCUUGCUGAAAUGACUGUGGCUGGUCUCACCAGCCAUGCUAGCUUUCAGGACCUUGCCCGCCACAAGCUACACAUGCCUCGCACAAACGCACUUAUCCAGCAUCAUAUGCGCAUCCUGGGACUUCACGAUAUCGGCCUAAGUUAUGUCAGUCCAGAAGGCGGAUUCAAGCACGAUGAGAACAUCAUCGAAGCCGGACACACCGUGCAUGUGACCUCGAACGACAGUGGCUUUGCUGAAGUCGAUAUUGGCAGCUUCCAAGCACUUGACUCUGCUUUGGUACCAGAGAUACAGAGACACCUACCAGCUUACAACCUGUGGACACAAGACCAUUCGCUCGCCGAUUGCCACUACCUGUUGGUUUCGAAGUUACUGGCAGUGACUCUGCAGAACUUCAGUAUCACAAGCGUGAGCAAAGGCGUGCAAGUUACCGUCGCUGACAGAGGCAACGAGGAGAGUGACAAUAUUCUGUCAUCGGAUGGGAAGUCCGAUUCUGAAGUCGACAAGAUCUCCGAUGUCACGAGCUACGAGGGAAACAGCAGCAGUGGUGCCAGUGAUCUGCAGUGCAAGAUCACUAUUAGUCCAUCGAAUAUGGACAUUCUGGGCGAGAACUUUGGCCCUGCUGUCACUGACGAGCUGUUUCGGUUGUUCGAUCCCAACUCAAAGUCGGCCUACGGAUACGAUGUGCUGAGAGUUGGCCCCGUGAAGCAUUCAGUUGCGCGUUUCAUGGUGCACAAAGCUAUUCGCGAGAUCUACGGAGAUCGGUUGAAGCACCCGACCGACAUGGACGAUAUUAUCAACAUCGCUGGCGAGAAGACUCGGAUGAAGGUCAACAAGCAUGGGCGUAAGAAGAUCCGUUACCCAGUCAUUCGGCCGUGGUACAAGGAUGGUAUUGAAGGCCGUCGGCCGCGACCAGUGAACCAGAAAUGGGGCGGUUGGGCUACUCAAGAGCACCAAAAGUCAAUGGAUGCUCAAUCCGAAGAAAGCUACCUGAGGCAACAGCAGGCCAACUUGGUGGCCGAUGCCUCUUGUGCUAAGGCAGAGCCUCCAAAACCUACCAUCUUCAAAGAGACCUACAAGCAGACCGGAGCUUCUAACGGCACCGGUCCACGAAAGGUCUUGCGUGUCGAGACUACCAUCCACGACGGCAAUGGCAGCAUCACGACCAGCAGCGACGGCGUGCUGCUUGACCAAGAAGUCAAGGCAAAGGUCGAACCAGCUCCAACUACCCGUCCAGAGGGCUGGGUUCCGCCACACAUGCGCGCUCGACUUGAGCGUGAGCGUCAUGCAGCUGAAGCUGCCGCUGCGGCUGAACUGGCUUCACACACUCCACUGCCUGCUUCACCAGAACUCGGCUCGGCUACCCCAACCUCGAGCAACGACUCGCCUCGCUCUUCUUCCAGUAUUGACAGAACUGACUCGCCGCUCGAUCCAUUAGCACCAGAGUUCACCUUCGACCGUCACUCGAAAUGA